AUGUUUGCCUUCUGGUCACAGAAUGCCUCCUGUGUUUUGCAGACUCUGGCAGAACUAGAAGUACUAUGUAACCACCUGUAUGAAGGAACUGAUCUAGCCCAACGAGUGCAAGCUGAGAAGGUGCUCUUGGAGCUCAUUGAGAGCCCAGAAUGCCUUAGCCAGUGCCAGCUUCUGCUAGAGCAAGGAACGACCUCCUAUGCUCAGCUCCUAGCAGCCACAUGCCUGUCUAAGCUUGUAAGCAGAGCAUCCCCACUACCUAUUGAGCAAAGGAUUGAUAUUCGAAAUUACAUUCUGAACUAUGUAGCAUCUCAACCCAAACUGGCUCCUUUUGUCAUCCAAGCUCUUGUUCAAGUCAUUGCUAAAAUGACAAAAUUAGGAUGGUUUGAGGUACUGAAAGAUCAUCUCAUCUUCAGAGACAUUAUUGCUGAUGUAAAAAAAUUUUUGCAGGGCACUGUGGACCAUUAUAUAAUAGGAGUAAUGAUUCUCUCAGAACUGACUCAGGAAAUGAAUCUAGUUGAUUAUUCAAGACCUUCAGCAAAACAUCGUAAAAUAGCUACCUCGUUCCGUGACACCUCUCUAAAGGACAUACUGAUGCUUGGGUGCUCUCUUUUGAAGGAGCUCUUGGCAAAACCUGUAGCCCUUCAGGACCAACGGCAGCAAAGUCUAGCCAUGCAACUUUUGAAGCUUGUACUAAACUGUCUUAAUUUUGAUUUCAUUGGAAAUUCAGCUGAUGAAUCUGCAGAUGACCUAUGCACUGUGCAGAUUCCAACCAGCUGGAGAACAAUUUUCCUGGAGCCAGAGACGUUGGACCUGUUUUUUGAUUUGUAUCAUUCCCUUCCACCGAUGCUGUCUCAGUUAGCACUUUCUUGUUUAGUUCAGUUUGCUUCUACGAGGAGAUCUUUGUUCAGCAAUCCAGAACGUGCCAAAUAUCUUGGUAAUCUAAUCAAAGGAAUGAAACAAAUACUUGAAAAUCCACAGGGUUUAUCUGAUCCAGGUAAUUACCAUGAAUUCUGUCGGUUUUUGGCUCGGCUAAAGACAAACUAUCAACUAGGAGAGCUAGUAAUGGUGAAAGAUUACCCAGAAGUCAUCCGCCUCAUAGCAAAUUUUACUAUUACUAGCCUACAGCAUUGGGAGUUUGCUCCAAAUAGUGUUCAUUAUUUGCUGACUCUGUGGCAGAGAAUGGUGGCAUCUGUGCCCUUUGUGAAAACAGCAGAACCCCACUUCUUAGAUACAUAUGCACCCGAGAUAACAAAAGCUUUUAUUACUUCUAGACUGGAAUGUGUUCCUGUAGUUAUAAGAGAUGGUUUAGAAGAUCCACUGGAUGAUGCAGCUACAGUUUUCCAACAGCUGGAGCAACUGUGCACAGUUAGCAGGUGUGAAUAUGAAAAGACCUGUACUCUUCUUGUACAGUUGUUUGACCAAAAUGCACAAAACUACCAAAAACUAUUGCACUCUUCUAGUAGGAAUCCAUUAGAAAUCACAAUUCAGGAAGGACGCCUGGCAUGGCUUGUCUAUUUUGUGGGUACUUUUGUGGGAGGACGAUUAACAUACACUAGUACUGAAGAACAUGAUGCCAUGGAUGGAGAACUAUCCUGUCGGGUUUUUCAGCUGAUCUCUUUGAUGGAUGCCCAGUUACCACAGUCCAGUAAUGAAAAAGUAGAACUGGCAAUUCUGUGGUUCUUGGAUCAGUUCCGUAAAACGUAUGUGGGAGACCAACUUCAGCCCACCUCAAAGGUGUAUGCCCGAAUGUCAGAAGUCUUAGGCAUAACAGAUGACAACCAUGUUCUGGAAACAUUUAUGACCAAAAUUGUCACAAACCUUAAAUUCCAGGGAAGGUGUGAGCCUGUGAUUUCAAGAACUCUUCAGUUUCUGAAUGACCUUUCUGUUGGUUACAGUCUCCUGAAAAGGCUUGUGAAAAUAGAGGCUGUGAAAUUCAUGCUUCAGAAUCACACAAGCAAGCACUUCCCUUUCCUGGGCAUCAGUGACCAUGACAGCCUCAGUGACCUCAGGUGCAGGACAGUGUUCUACACAGCUCUCACUCGUCUGCUGAUGGAGGACUUAGGUGAAGACGAAGAUGAGUUUGAGAACUUCAUGCUCCCCCUCACGGUUUCCUUUGAAAGUCUGACUCAGGCAUUCAACAGUAGUUUUGAGCAAGAAGAAGCAAAGCGUAUGUUGGUGGGGCUGGCGAGGGAUCUUCGCGGGAUCGUCUCUGCUCUCAACACAAAGACCAGCUACUCCAUGCUGUUCCACUGGAUAUACCCUGCCUAUAUUUCUGUCCUUCAAAGAGCUGUUGAGCUGUGGUACCGUGAGCCUGCCUGUACAACCCCCAUCCUGAAGCUGAUGGCAGAAUUCAUGCAAAACAGAUCGCAACGUUUAAAUUUUGAUGUAUCCUCUCCCAAUGGAAUUCUGCUCUUCAGAGAAGCUAGUAAAAUGAUUUGUACCUAUGAUACAAUUGUCUCCUCCAGCUGCUGUGCUAGUUUGGACUACAUUGUCACCUACCUCUUCAAGCACCUCGCUAAAGAAGGCAAGAAGACUCUGAGAUGCAGAGAGAUUUCAGAGGAUGGACAGAGAUUGCUUCAUUUCAUGCAGCAGAACCCAGAAGUCCUACAGCAGAUGAUGUCAAUCCUAAUGAACACCAUCAUUUUUGAAGACUGCAGAAACCAAUGGUCUGUGUCCAGACCCCUGCUUGGACUUAUACUUCUCAAUGAGAAAUACUUCAGUGAGCUGAGGGCAACCCUGGUAGCCAGUCAGCCUGAGAACAAACGGGAAGUCCUGGACCAGUGCUUCAGGAGUCUGAUGGAAGGAGUUGAGCAAAACCUUCUGGUGAAGAACAGAGACAGGUUCACUCAGAACAUGUCAGUCUUCCGAAGGGACGUGGCUGACGCUUUGCGUGGUGACGCGGCCGCCGAGCCCGGCAGCUCGGACAUGAUGAGUUGA